CCUGACCCUCAACGUUGCAAGGUCCAGAGGAAACCGAGGUAAGACGUGCGCUGCCUCUGGGCUUCAGAGGUGCCGUGUUUGGGCCGGUCCAUCGGCACUGUGCCUUGGAAUAUCUGCUCGUGCUUCGCAUUCACCACUUGGCUCCUCCAAUCUCCACGCCACCAUGCUCUCCGUCGCCAUGGCCGCGCGCCCCGUGACCGUGAGCAGCUCACCACGCCCACAUCUCCCAGCCAAGGCUUCUGCUGCCGCUGCUGCCGCUGCUUCCGAUCCCUCCUCCUCCCCUGCGGUUCAUGGAGUCAAAUUGGAGGCGGCGGCGAGGCCGUCGCUCCUUCUCCCGCGCUCCAUGCUGCUGACAUCUGUGGCUGUGGGCAGUCUGGUUUCCGCUGGUGCUGCGAAUGCUGCCGAGCUAUGGGAUCCUCUACACGGACAAUCAGGGAUCCUCUUGGCUGACCUUGGCGUCGGAGAUUGGUUUGGGGGUUUGUUGUAUUCAGCCGGACAGCAGGCUAAUGAGGCUGUUCAGGAUCAGCUGUCUGCUCUCAGUUUCACUAGCUUGGCAGUCAUUUUUGGCGCUGGACUUGUAACUAGUUUGUCUCCUUGUACACUCAGUGUUCUACCAUUGACUCUGGGAUAUAUAGGUGCAUUUGGCUCUGGGAAAGACCGAGCUGAGGUUGUCGGAAAUUCAAUUGCUUUUUCGUUAGGACUGGCAACAACCUUAGCUAUUCUUGGUGUUGCUGCUUCUUUUGCUGGAAAGGCUUAUGGUCAGGUCGGACAAGGACUACCAGUGGCCGCUUCCGGACUGGCCAUCAUCAUGGGAUUGAACCUUCUGGAGGUAGUUGAGUUGCAACUUCCAUCAUUUUUCAGCAAUUUUGACCCUCGAGCUGCAGCAGCUAACCUCCCUUCAAGUGUACAAGCAUAUCUUGCUGGUCUUACAUUUGCAUUGGCAGCAUCACCUUGCAGCACACCUGUUCUUGCUACCCUAUUGGGAUAUGUUGCCACUUCAAGAGAGCCAAUUAUUGGAGGAAGCUUGUUGUUGACAUACACAACCGGCUAUGUUGCACCUCUUCUUAUUGCAGCUUCUUUUGCUGGAGCAUUGCAGAGUUUGCUGUCAUUCAGAAGAUAUUCGGCAUGGAUAAACCCAAUCAGUGGCGCAUUUCUACUUGGUGGAGGUGUUUAUACCCUACUGGAUAGGGUGUUUCCUGCAACAUCAAUGGUAAUGUAGGCCAUUGUUGGACAAGAAUUGAAAGGCAAUGGUCUGUUCAACAUGUGAUAAAAAUAUCUUGAGAUGUAAAGUAGCUAAAUGAUCAAACCCUAACAAAGUAUAGUCAGUUCUCUCUACAUUGUAUCGCCAUGUAAAGCAAUUCGGAACAACCAAAACAUCUUGGCCUCCGUAGUCUGUACAGGCCUCAAUAAUUGGAGGCCUACCCUGCUAAAAUUAUUUAUUUCUGGAUAGAUUGAUAUAA